AUGAAAUUCAGCAGAGAUGUUUCUUCAAGUCGCAGGGUAAACCGCAAGGCUCACUUUGCCGCUCCAUCUUCAGAGCGUCGCAAAUUGAUGGCUUCUUCUCUCAACAAGGAACUUCGUAAGGAGCACAACAUCCGCUCAUUGCCUAUCCGUAGAGACGACGAGGUUCUCAUCGUCAGAGGCUCUAACAAGGGUAAGGAAGGCAAGGUUGUCCAAGUUCAAAGAAACAAGUUCGCCAUCUUCGUUGACAGAGUUCACCGCGAGAAGGCAAACGGUCAAACCUCUCCAACUCCAAUUCACCCAUCAAGCGUCGUCAUUACCAACUUGAAGCUCGACAAGGGACGUAUGGCUACUAUUGAGAGAAAGUCCGUUGCAAAGAAGGCUGCUCUUGAGGCUCGUAACCAAACCAAGGAUGUUAACAUGUCUAACGCCGUACGUUUCUUUCCUCCCCUUUGA